AUGUUAAAGGUCACGACACCUAUUUCAAGAUCAGCUAAUGUUCGAUCUGUUCAUCCUUUAAACAUCCCGGAGUCUGCUGAAUCAGAAGAUGGUGCAAAUCAUACUACUAUAAAGUCUCCCACAGGUAGGGUUGACCCAUCUUGUGAUGCUCUAAAUGACUUAUCAACCUUUUUAGAAUUAUUCCCGCGAUCCCGCAAUAAAGCUUUUCCUCCACUCCUAGAUCUUGCCACAUUAAAUUCCAUCCCAGGUAUUUGUGGAGACCAAAUUCUUGAUAAUGAUAUCAUUGGAGCUUUAUUUGAUGACAACGAUCGGACCAUGUCCAUUCUUUCCGGCAGUGGUGAGAUUCUUCCUUUGGUUUAUGGAGAACAUACCAAUCUAUGUGAAUGGGAAGUUAAUUCUAAAACAAACCCUUCAUGUGCUAUUCAAGCAGGACAAGAAGCUAUUAAUAAUUAUGUUAUGAGUACUCUUCUUGAGCUAUAUGGACCUGGUGAAGCAUGA